AUGAAUUCCCACCUGCGGGAGAGCAAUUUCACAAGCAGGCAAAGUGACGCAAAGAAAAAAGGGAAGGACAAAACAACCGUACACAUAAAGAAUACAUAUAUUUCUCCAUACGUCUUGUAUAACAACAGAAAGGGAAACAACGAAAAUGAGUUUGCAAAGCUGAACAACCUCUUAACGAAUGAAAAGAACCGAGUGUUUAUUAAGCAUAAAUUAAACUACUUCAAAGAUGGCAUUCAUGAGAAAAAAAUUUUAAGAUACGCCUUAAUUAAUGAGCUAAAUUUAAAGUGCUUUGAGAAUAGGGGGAAUGCAUGCGAACUGAAUAGCAUCACCACCAUGAUUCGCAUGAACUCUGACUUUGGGAGCGACAAGGAGCAGGGCGUGGCUGCGCGAGAGAAAGCAGACUUGGUUGGCAAUAUAAAGGAGCUCACCAUUAUUCGGAGCGAGGAUAUAAUUCGUGGUGGGGGCAUCAUCCGCAGCGAGGAAUUUAUCAGCAGCAAGGAUACAUACCCGAGUGACGAAAAGGAAUGUAACUGCUUUGGUUAUAGUAACUACUACGGGGAUAGAGCGGAUGUGCCCAGUUCGCUGUGUUGCCUUCCGACGAGUGGGAUAUAUACAAGGGGGGCCAGUAGAACUGUCAAGGAGUCCCUAACAAAAGGUAUCAACAAAGCUGACGUACAUACGAAGAGUAUUAAUCGCCUGAACAACUCAUGCACAAAACAUAGUCACACAGAAAAAAGCACAAAUGAUGUAGUGUACAAAUGUGAAGACUCCAUUCCUUUGGGUACCAUACUCAAUAUACAUAACCUAGACAAUAAUAAUACGAAUAUCCUAACGACGGUAAUGUUGAGAAAUAUUCCCAAUAAGUACACACAGAAAAUGCUGAUGAAUGUGAUGAAUGAACAUUUUAAAGGACUGUAUGAUUUUUUUAUCUUCCAAUUGAUUUCCGCAAUAAAUGUAACGUUGGCUAUGCCUUUAUCAAUUUUAUACAUCCGUAUUAUGCUGAACUGUUCAUACGAUUUUUUAAUAAUUACAAAUUGA